AUGAGUAAAGGUGGUGGUUUUCUCACUCCAAAGUCAAUCGCCAAUCGCAUCAAAGCAAAGGGCCUUACCAAGCUUAAGUUUUACUGUCAAGUAUGCGAAAAGGCUUGUCGUGAUGCAAAUGGUUUCAAAUGUCACAUUACAUCCGAAUCCCAUCAAAGGCAGAUGCUGUUAGUUGCAGCUAAUCCAGGUCGUUAUAUUCACAGUUUCUCAGAUCAAUUCAAACAAGACUUUUUGAGCGUUCUAUCUCAUAGUCAUGGAACAAAACGCAUGUUUGCCAAUCAAGUGUAUCAAGAAUACAUUGCCGAUCGAAAUCAUCUUCACAUGAAUGCUACUCGAUGGACCUCUCUAUCUGAAUUCGUAAAACAUCUUGGUAGAGAAGGAAUUUGUCAUGUAGAGGAGACUGAGAGAGGGUGGUAUAUUACUUGGAUUGACAAUAGUCCUAAAGCACUGGAGCGACAGGCAAAUUCUUUUCUUUUAUUAAAAAAGAAACGAUCUUCCUAA